UUGCCUUUUGCUCAUUCCUAUUUCGAAAAGCGACAAGCGACGUGUGCGGAACGGAACGCGUUGCGCAGCGGUGAUUUCGAUCUUGCUUUGGAUCGAUUUUUGUUUUUUUUUUUCCCCCCCUCGUGCGUUCUGUGUCUUUGCUUUAUUUAUUAUUACUGAGACUUUCGUGUGGUCCCGCGUUGUUUUUUGUUGCUUGUUCUGGCCGUCUUAUCGAUAGACAACGAUCUAAUAAAAGGAAAACAAAAAACAAAUCAAAUCGAAUCAAAAUAAAAAAUCAAAAAUCAACGCUGCUCGGCUUUGUGCAGCCAUGGCUCAAUGCUGCGGGAGCUCCUCGCCUUGCAGCAUCUCCAGUUCAGCUCCCAGCAAUGCAGCAGCGCCAGCACCAGCACCAGCCCCAGCCCCAGCCCCAGUCCCGAACCAGAUGACGGGUCAAUCGCUCUUGUUGUCAGCAGCAGGAACCACCACAACAUCAGCAGAAGCACCAGUACCUGGAGCCCCUGCGUAUCUUCCACAACAACAACAACAGAAGCAACAAUUGACAGACACAGAAACAACUUCUAACCAAACACUUUCAGCCAGCGAGAAGAACAUCAGCGGCAGCAGCAGAAGCAGCAGCAGCGGAAGCCGCCAUAUAAGCUUUGAAAGUAGCCAGAAAAACGAUAGGGAAGAAGAGAGCAGCACCGGAGACGGACACGGAGACGGAGACGACGGACACGGAGACGUGAUCAACGACGACGAGGACGUUGUAGGAACAUUGCCAUUGUCAUUGCCAUUGCUUUCCAUUAAGAAGAAAAAUACCCUCCUAUCCCGCUCUUCCUGCGCACCACGCUCCUCCUCAUACUCGGAUCUGUGCAGCUGCCGAAACUGUGAAUCAAGCGCCUCGUCAUCAUCAGCCUCGUCCACAUCCUCCUCAUCAUCCACGUCCCAGGAGUCGGGCGCAGCGGCAGGCAUCCCACGAUCCGCCGUUACCAAGCAGCUUGUACGCUCCGUGACCGCCACCAGCAUCAUGGACAUGCCCUACAACACAUCGCCCUCGCUACGCGUGCGCACCACCUCACUGAAUCAGCUGAAAAAGACCGCCGACCUGGCGAUAGAGAACGAGCUCCAUGUGUGCCCCUCGGUGAUGUCCGAGGAGCUGCGCAAGCUCCUGCCACCCACAUCGGAGACGGUGAUGACGAAGCCCUUCCCCAUCCGCGGCGAGCGGACAAUCGCUGACUGCACCACCCCGCACGUUAUAGCGAUGGUGGGCCUGCCGGCCAGGGGCAAGACCUUCAUCUCGAAGAAGCUGGCGCGCUACCUCAACUGGAUUGGGAUCGCGACGCGCGUGUUCAACCUGGGCGAGUACCGUCGGCACGCCACCACGGCCUACAAGUCGCACGAGUUCUUCCGCGCCGACAACGAGGUGGCGAUGGCCAUCAGGAACAGGUGUGCCAACCAGGCGCUGCACGACUCGUGCGAGUGGCUGCUGAGCGGCCAGGGCAGCAUUGCCGUGUUCGAUGCCACCAACUCGACCCGGGACCGGCGACAGCUCAUCUACGAUAUCGUGGUGAAGCAGCACGGCUUCCGUCUGUUCUUCGUGGAGUCGAUCUGCAACGAUCCGCAGAUCAUAGAACAGAACAUUCUGGAGGUGAAGGUGAGCUCGCCGGACUACCUGAACAUGAACACGGAGCUGGUGGUGCGGGACUUCCUGCAGCGCAUCGAGCACUACGAGGAGCGCUACCAGCCGAUCGACGAGGUCACCGAGUCGCAUCUCAGCUUCAUGAAGGUCUACAACGCUGGCAAGAAGGUGGUUGUCUACAACAACGAGGGUCACGUGGAGUCGCGCAUCGUCUACUAUCUGAUGAACAUACACAUCACGCCGCGCACCAUCUAUCUGACACGGCAUGGCGAGAGCGAGCACAACCUGAGCGGGCUCAUUGGCGGCGACUCGAAUCUGAGCGCCCGCGGCCAUCAGUACGGCCGGGCCCUGUCCGCCUUCAUUGCGCAGCAGCAGAUCGACGGGCUGCGUGUGUGGACCUCGUGGAUGAAGCGAGCCAUCCAGACAGUGGCCGACGUGAAGGCGCCCCAAGAGCGCUGGAAGGCGCUCAACGAGAUCGAUGCCGGCCACUGCGAGGAGAUGACCUACGAGCAGAUCAAGGAGCGCUUCCCCGAGGAGUUCAAGGCACGCGAUGUCAACAAGUUCGCGUAUCGCUAUCCGCGCGGCGAGAGCUACGAGGAUCUGGUGGCGCGCCUGGAGCCCGUCAUCAUGGAGCUGGAGAGGCAGGGGAAUGUCCUGGUCGUGUCCCACCAGGCGGUUCUGCGCUGCCUCUUCGCCUACUUCCUGGACAAGUCCGCCGAUGAGCUGCCCUACCUGUAUGUGCCCCUGCACACCGUCAUCAAGCUCACCCCCGUGGCCUACGGCUGCAAGGUGGAGCACAUCAAGCUGCCCAUCGACGCGGUGGACACGCACCGUCCCAAGCCCAAGAUACCCGGCGACGUGAGCGAGCCCGGGCUCGACGGUCUCAGCGGUGAGCUGGUGGCGCCCGAUGGCGUUGGCAAGGUGCUCAUUGUGGGCGAUGAUGUGGCAACGGCAACGAAUGGUAAUGGCGGACGCGUCGAUGCCCAAGCCCACCAAUGACGGCGGUGGCUGCACUUGUUGCGUCCCUCGAAAUCCAAGACACUCUAGGCUCAGUCAUUCGUCGUGGCAUGCCUCCCCCCCCUCCCCACGCACAAGCUCUUCAUCGCAUAACCACAACACACAAACGGACAUGAACACGGUGCCCCAGCGGUGCCAGCGGUGCCAGCGGCGCCAAGGGUCGCUAUUACUUAAACAUUCUGUCGACCGACAGCGGUGUAUACGUGUCGCCAUCCAUGUCUCCGAGUGGAUCGUUGUUUUUAAAGAUAUGUACGUAGGUUUAAGGCUCUGAGCUCUCUUUUUGUUUUCGUUUUGUUCACCUAUUCGAUGUCUCUGACUGCACACAACUGUUUUAUUCACUCCCGUAAACCUGGAAACCCGUAGACCCGGAAUUAUAAACUAAAUUGAUACGAAGCCUUAAAGGGAGCGAUCUAGGUACUAAGUUGAUUGUGAACUACGACCCACACUAUUCUAGCUUCAUAUGUACGAACAUAUGGACAUGUAUAUAAAUAUAUAUGUAUAUUUACUGUGCGCAUAAAUGAGUCUUAUACUUAAACUACUACUUAAACUACUACUUAUACUACUACUACUACUGCAAGGGUGCUACCCUUGUAUCUGGGUGUCUAUUUUUGUAUACAAUACUUUUUCCAUGUCUUGCUUUGGUAGGUUCUCCUGUUAUCCGGCACUUAUAGGCUAGCCUAUGGUACGAUAUACUUAAUCUACAGCCACCCCCUCUAUGUUUGCUUCAUUUGCCUACAUGUGUGUGUAUGUGCGCUUGAUAUAUCAUAACGAGAUCUAACAAAUAAAUAACGAUUUAUCAAACAAACA